CGCCGGGUUGAGCAGAACACGGAGGGCGGAGUUCGGACCACGUGGGGUCUCGUGACGUCAUCUCCGGGCGCCGAGGGUGACUGGACUUGUGGUGCGCUGCCAGGGCACCGCAGCGUUGCCGGUUGUAUUCGCUGGAUACCAGAGGGCGGAAGUGCAGCAGGGUUCAGCUCCGACCUCCGCGCCGGUGCUUUUUGCGGCUGCGCGGGCUUCCUGGAGUCCUGCUACCGCGUCCCCGCAGGACAGGGUGUCAGGCGGGCAGCUUGCCCCGCCGCCCCACCGGACAGCGGAAUCUGGGCGUCCCCACCAGAGCGGGGAGCCGGAAGGAGGAGCCGUCGCUUGGAGUAGGUUUGGCUUUGGUUGAAAUAAGAAUUUAGCCUGUAUGUACUGCUUUAACUCCUGGAAGAAUGACAGAUGACAAAGAUGUGCUUCGAGAUGUGUGGUUUGGACGAAUUCCAACUUGUUUCACGCUAUGUCAGGAUGAGAUAACUGAAAGGGAAGCAGAACCAUAUUAUUUGCUUUUGCCAAGAGUAAGUUAUUUGACGUUGGUAACUGACAAAGUGAAAAAGCACUUUCAGAAGGUUAUGAGACAAGAAGACAUUAGUGAGAUAUGGUUUGAAUAUGAAGGCACACCACUGAAAUGGCAUUAUCCAAUUGGUUUGCUAUUUGAUCUUCUUGCAUCAAGUUCAGCUCUUCCUUGGAACAUCACAGUACAUUUUAAGAGUUUUCCAGAAAAAGACCUUCUGCACUGUCCAUCUAAGGAUGCAAUUGAAGCUCAUUUUAUGUCAUGUAUGAAAGAAGCUGAUGCUUUAAAACAUAAAAGUCAAGUAAUCAAUGAAAUGCAGAAAAAAGAUCACAAGCAACUCUGGAUGGGAUUGCAAAAUGACAGAUUUGACCAGUUUUGGGCCAUCAAUCGGAAACUCAUGGACUAUCCUGCAGAAGAAAAUGGAUUUCGUUAUAUCCCCUUUAGAAUAUAUCAGACAACGACUGAAAGACCUUUCAUUCAGAAGCUGUUUCGUCCUGUGGCUGCAGAUGGACAGUUGCACACACUAGGAGAUCUCCUCAAAGAAGUUUGUCCUUCUGCUAUUGAUCCUGAAGAUGGGGAAAAAAAGAAUCAAGUGAUGAUUCAUGGAAUUGAGCCAAUGUUGGAAACACCUCUGCAGUGGCUGAGUGAACAUCUGAGCUACCCGGAUAAUUUUCUUCAUAUUAGUAUCAUCCCGCAGCCAACAGAUUGAAGGAUCAACUAUUUGCCUGAACAGAAUCAUCCUUAAAUGGGAUUUAUCAGAGCAUGUCACCCUUUUGCUUCAAUCAGGUUUGGUGGAGGCAACCUGACCAGAAACACUUCGCUGCUGCAAGCCAAACAGGAAAAAGAUUCCAUGUCAGAUAAGGCAACUGGGCUGGUCUUACUUUGCAUCACCUCUGCUUUCCUCCACUGCCAUCAUUAAACCUCAGCUGUGACAUGAAAGACUUACCGGACCACUGCAGGUCUUCUGUAAAAUAUAAUGAAGCUGAAACCUUUGGCCUAAGAAGAAAAUGGAAGUAUGUGCCACUCGAUUUGUAUUUCUGAUUAACAAAUAAACAGGGGUAUUUCCUAAGGUGACCAUGGUUGAACUUUAGCUCAUGAAAGUGGAAACAUUGGUUUAAUUUUCAAGAGAAUUAAGAAAGUAAAAGAGAAAUUCUGUUAUCAAUAACUUGCAAGUAAUUUUUUGUAAAAGAUUGAAUUACAGUAAACCCAUCUUUCCUUAACGAAAAUUUCCUAUGUUUACAGUCUGUCUAUUGGUAUGCAAUCUUGUAACUUUGAUAAUGAACAGUGAGAGAUUUUUAAAUAAAGCCUCUAAAUAUG